GAAGUGAAGUGUGAAUAACUACAGUAGUCCGUGAUAUUCUGGAUUGUCACUAGUGUCAGUGGAAGAGAAUGGCGGCGGAGGAAGAAGGCGACGCUCUGCUGUUUUUAAUCCAGCAGCACUUGGAGGUGAACGGCUUCGACAAAGCUGCCAAACUGCUGGAGAAACACGUCCAUAAGGUGGAAACAGCCGAGAGGAGCUGCAACCUCCAUGAUAUCUACACGGGCUGGAUGAAACUGUGCUCCAAGCAGGAAACAAACAAGAUAAACGGAGCAGAACAUGCCACCAUUGCAGAAGAAGAAGAGGUUGUCAAUGGCAAAUUAUCCAACAAUGGAGAAGAAGAUCAUGUACUUGGGUCACAGGCAGACCGCAAUGGCGUGAGGAACGGCACCGACGCCGUCGCUGAGUCGCUGCUGGAGUCUGCAGAUGAAACUGCAAACCUGGUGAUCACCGUUUCCUCUGAUAAUGAAAAGGAGGAGGCAGAGACGUCGACUCCCGCUGAAGCGUCAACAGUGAACGGAGCGGAGACGUCCAGCUCCUCUGAUUCUGCUGAAGCGGCUGAACUGACCACAGUCGAGCCAGAACACGUGGAGCGCGACACGGUCAUCGAUGAGUCCACGCAGUCGACUCCCGCUGAAGCGUCAACAGUGAACGGAGCAGAGACGUCCAGCUCCUCUGAUUCUGCUGAAGCGGCUGAACUGACCACAGUCGAGCCAGAACACGUGGAGCGCGACGCGAGCAUCGAUGAGUCCACGCAGGAACCAGAAGCGGUCAUGGACGCCACAGAUGACGCCUCAGUGUCAGAGCAGACAGCUGUCAAUCACACAGAGGCCACACCUCCCUGUACCCAGGAGGCAGAAGACGAGGAAGGCGGUGCUGCAGAGACGUCGAGUCCGGCCGAGCCAGAGGAGACCAAUGAGCAGCUGGCAGAGGCAGAAGCCCCGCCCCCUGCAGACCCUGAAAAUCCAAGUGAAGAGGAACAGAAUGAGAAAGUUGAGGAAGAAAUUAAAUCAAAGGACAGUGACAUCACAUCGUGUCUGACGCUGGAACGCUCAUCAUGUGACCAAGACGACGCUGCUGACGACCUUCCUGUCACUGACACUGAGGAGCAAACAGACCCAGACGACCUCAUCGUCAUCAACAUUCAAGUCCAAGAUGGUGAAGCAGCUGAGGGGGAAGUGAGCCAACUGCUUCCUGUGGAGGAUCAGGAUCAGGAUCAGGAUCAGGGCGUGAAGACUCCCAAGAAGAAGAAAAAGAAUAAGAAAAAGGAAACGGAAACCUCCGCUGCAGACACUCCAACCACAGACUCUCUUAUUGAUACUCCUCUCACCUCCAAGUCUGACAGGAAGAAAAAGAGAGACAAAAAGAGAAAAGAGGUGGAGGAGGAAGAGGAGGAUCAGGAGGAAGAGAAGCAGGUGUUGGAAGAGGAGGUGGUGAUUGUGUCUCAGGUAACUCCAUCAAAGAAGAAGGCAAAGAAAAGGAAAAGGGAGAGAGAUGCAGUAGAAGAGGAGGAGGAGGAGAAGGAGGAAGAGGAGGAGGAGACCCCCAUCCCAUCUUUGGAAAACAAAAUUAAAAAGAAGAAGAAGAAGGAUAAAGAUCUUGAGGAGGAAAAGAAGGAGACAGCUGAGGAGGUGGAGAAUCCUGUGAGUCCAGCAGAGACCAAGAAAAAGAAGAAAAAGAAAAAGAGUACAGAGGAAGGAGGACAGGAGAAACCAGCAGAGGGCGACACAGACUUAGAAAAGGAACUGGACACAACAGUCAUGGACUCGUCUCAGCUCUCCUCAGGACAAAAGAGGCAUUUCAGGAAGAAACUGAGCCUGAAGAAGAGACUGAGGCGUCACAAGAAGGAAGUGCAGAUGAUGAGGAAGAAGAAGAAGAAGAGCAGCAACGUCUCUCCAGCACCGACGGAGACCACGGGAAAAAAGCGGAUCCAAGAGGCAGUGAAGGAGACACCUCGACCAAAACCAAGCAAAAGAGCCAAACCUGAACUGAGCCAGGACCACGACACACCAAAGAAGAAGAGGUGUGCUGAACAAGAAGAGAAUUCCUCAAAGGAAAACCAGCCUCCAAAGACAAAGAAGAACAAGAAGAAGAGCUUGGACGAAAGCGGUGUGGUGAGUGACCUGACAGCUGAGCUCCUGGACGUGUCCUUCUCUUCCCCUGAGCUGGUAGACAAGAAGAAGAAGAGGAAGAAGAAGAAGAAGAAGCAGGUCGAUGGAGGUGAAGAGAAGACAGGAAACGUAACUCUCAUCCCUGUCAGUCAAGAUAAACCUGCAAAGAAAAAGAAGAAGAACAAACCGGCUGAGGAAACAUCCACUGCUCCAGCUGCUUCGACGAAAAAGAAAACCUCCAAAAAGAAGGUGAUCUCUAAUUAAAUGUGGUGAAUUCUCUGAUGAUCGUUGAAGGGAAGACGAAAGAACGUUGGACCUGAAAUAAGCCGAAAUAACUGGACAAUCUGCUCAACUCUGGUGCCUUCACGUCUGGUGGUUUUGAAGCGUUUUUCCGUCGGGAUGGACUUUAUUUUUUGUCCCCAAGAGCAUAAAUGUCAUCACUUAAGAGUAAAACGGCGUUGUUUCAGGCUGGUUCUGUCAGUACCUCACACAACCACACCCUCAAAAACCUGAGCUAUCCCUUUUAAAUCCUCCCGUCGCCGCAUUAUCAAUAAGUUCACUGUUUUUACUGUUUACUGCGUGUGAUCGACGUGCUUCGUGUGUUGGGAACAAACUGUGAAACCCGUUUCAGAUUCUUCUCUGUUUUGUAGAAAAGGUGGUCAGAAUUAUCGUAACACUUAACAAAUGUUGUGAUUUUACUUUAUUUUCUCCUUAAGUUUAAAGAAAGUUUAAAGAAAAAAAGAGAUUUUGUUUACGUUUUGUUAACUAUGCACCGGACUAAUUGCUGUUACUCAGUGGGUCUUAUUUAAAAGUUUGACUUCUUUGUUUACUCAGUCUGAUAAGCCAUAUGUUUUCAUGUCGUCUGGACUCGGGAGUUGGAAUCAACAAAUCUGUCCCUGUAUGAGCUUUUUCAAGUUUUCCAUUUAAACUGUUGCAUUUGUGACUGUAACUUCCCGUACUAACAUAGAGCUGGAGAUUAUACUGCGACAUCUAACUUGACUGGACAAAAUAAAGCAUUAAAAAUGUCAACAAUAA